UAAUAUGUUCCCCGCUAAAAAAAAAGUAGUAAUUGGAUUAAGUGGUGGAGUAGACUCGUCUGUGGCGGCUUAUCUUUUGAAAAAAGGAAAUUAUGAAGUAACGGCAAUUUUUAUGCAAAAUUGGGAUGAUUAUCUGGGAGGGCAAACCACCUCUAUUUGUUCCCAAACACAAGAUUGA